UUUUGAUUAAAUUUAGCAGGAACUAAAAUCCAAUAAAAUAUUAUUAUUCAUUGUCUUAGUCAUAGAUAAAUUUAACGCUGAAGGAUAAUAACAUGAAGAAGUGAAGAACUAAAAUGGCUGAUUCUGGUCAUUAUGGAAAUGAUGGAAUGGAUGACGUACCCUCAGCCGAUGCAUCACCCUCUGUGAUUACCAAUCCAUCAGAUGACCAACCUUACCAUUUGUCUGGCUCCAGUUCAGACAUGCAAACAUCAGGACUACAAGUCCAGCCUGCAGGUUCAAGUCUAAGGGUUGAUGCCAAUAUCUCAAGAUUGGAAACUCAAAGUGUUUCUGAUGAAACUUGCAAAGCAGAUCUCUGAGGACGAAUUGGAUGAAAUGAAAUUAUUGAUGAAAGGUGAAUGGGGAAUGGGAAAGAGAGCGCUAUCUGAAAUAAAGACUGUCAAACAGUUUUUUAUCCACAUGAUGGACAUUGACUUUGUGGACCAGUUUAAUCUAUUACAACUCCAAAGCUUAGUCUGGCACAUAGACAGAAAAGACUUGCAUGUCCAAUUCGUCAGCUUUGCUAGAGAGUACAACACACGCCCCCUACACUUCUUUUUACCUAACAAAAGACCAAGAAAUGGCUAUGUUUAUGCCGACUUCCAUAUCGGUGGUAAACUGGAAACCACAUCCAAGCAAGACCUUGAGAUCCUGCGAGCAAACAUCGCUGAGCGACUUUGUGUUCCUCCAAAAUUCAUUUUCAUCAAAGGUAUCGAGCCUCUGCAUAGUUUGAUUAUAACACUGAUGGUACCGGAAUCUGCAGUAUUAGCCCUGUUUGAACUCUCAGAGAUUGAAAAGUCGACUCUACAGAGCCUGAGGGUUGACUCAUUUGCAGUGGGUGACAAACGUGUAAAACUUGCAAAUCUAAAAUUUGAAAAGGCAGCCACUCUAAGUGAAAAAGAAGAAAUACAACGUAUGUUAGAGAAAAAAGAGAUUCUAACGUCAGAACUAGACAGAAGUCAGGCGCGGCUAAUAGAGCGAAGUAAAGCACUAUCAUCAUCACGAGAAGAACUAGCCAAGGUCAAGGUCACAACAGACCAGCUGAAAAUGGCCAAUGACCGUGCCAUGAUGAUUCUGGCCACGCUUGUUUACCAGGACUUGGCUCUUAAAUCUGGCCCUGUUGAUUCUCUAUGUAGACUCAGCAUCAGCACAUAUUUCAAAUUUUGUCUGAAACAAUUUCAUUCCCGAUUCCCAGAGGCUGCAAAACAUAUAGGCGAUUUACUGGAAGCAAAUACUUUGGUUGUACGGAAAACAGAGAGAGACUUAUUGAGAAAUUAUGUAGAACGGCUACAGAUUCAUCAGCUAGCUCUGGAACACAGAUGUCAGACGGUCCAGCCUGCUUACACACUCACAGACAUUUUAUUCCAACAGCCCUCUGAGUCUGUUAGACAACAGUUCCUCAACACCAGAAGUCAACCGCGAGAUUCCUCGACCUACAACUUGGGUGAGCACGGAUGAUAAAGAUAUAACAACUCCAACUAGGAAGAAACUUAUUCAUCGAAGGGCAGAUAGAAGGGAAGAUAAAAAGUCAGUAUCACAUCCCUACUACAGUGCUCUAAAGGAAGUUUCCCUGAAACUCAAGGAAGCUCACAAGGAGAAGCUCAAAGGCAAUAUAAGCUUUAACAAAAUAGAGCUAAUGGAGAUCUCCAGGCACCCAGAGAAAUUUUUACAAAUUCUGUUUGAAAAUGAAAUGGGUGAGAUACCUGCUGAUCCGUGUGAACAUGUCCUGAAAAAACUUGGAAUAAUAGGAGACAAAGAUUUACAUAUGUCUGCCAGCAAACUUUUAUCGAAACGUCAAAAAGAUUUGAAAUUAGAAAUAGAUACUCCUGGCCCUUCUGGUCAAGAGAAGAACUCUGAUGUCUUUGGCAAAUCUUUCUAUAGAUCUUUUACCCCAGAAAGACCGACUUAUCCAUCUUUAGAUCUCAGCCAAACACCACAUACUACCCAAAGAAUGGAACAAAGGGGAGGUAAAUCUGAUAAAGAGGAAAUCCAUGGUAUACAUAAAAGUGCCAGCGAAUCAGCUUUAAGACGUCAUGACUCAAAUGAGGACAUGCAAGGGAAGCUAGAUAAACUGUUGUCUGAGGUUGAGCGGCUAAAAAUGAUGAUCCAAAAACAGCAUAUGUAUCAGUCUCCUGUCGGAGCAAGACCGUAUAUGUUUCCGAUGACUUCUCCGACAGAUUUCAGUUUACCGGAAUAUUAAAAAUCUGUUUCUGAUGACUUCUCCAACAGAUAACAGCUUACCGGAAUAUUAAAAAUCUGUUUCCGAUGACUUCUCUGAAAGAUUACAGCUUACCAGAAUAUCAAAAAUCUUUUUCCAAUGACUUCUCCAACAGAUUACAGCUAACCGGAAUAUUAAAAAUGUGUUUCCGAUGACUUCUCCCAAAUUACAGAUUACAGCUUACCGGAAUAUUAAAAAUCUGUUUCCGAUGACUUCUCUGAAAGAUUACAGCUUACCAGAAUAUUGAAAAUCUGUUUCCGAUGACUUCUCUGAAAGAUUACAGCUUACCAGAAUAUCAAAAAUCUGUUUCCGAUGACUUCUCUGAAAGAUUACAGCUUACCAGAAUAUUGAAAAUCUGUUUCCGAUGACUUCUCUGAAAGAUUACAGCUUACCAGAAUAUCAAAAAUCUGUUUCCGAUGACUUCUCCAACAGGUUACAGCUAACCGGAAUAUUAAAAAUCUGUUUCCGAUGACUUCUCCCAAAUUACAGAUUACAGCUUACUGGAAUAGAAAAAGAAAAGAUCUUUCCUGUGAAAUUUUACGAAGUGAAAUCUUUUUCCUAAAUCUCGUGCCUUGAUCUAAAUUAAAUGAUGGUUCCUGGAACAAUAAGUUAUGUGAAUGAUGUAAAAACUAUAGCCAGAGGCAGAAUCAUCAUUAUUUCAGAAACCUCCAAAUUGAGAGCAAAAUUAUGUAGUAGAGAUAUUUCGAGUUCCAGAUUUACAAACUGGAUUACCUUAGAUCUAGCUCAAUAGAAAUCUGUACACUUGAGAGAGGCAAGUGUUGUUACAAUAUUUCAUUUGCUCAAACAUGUACCAGACCUAAGUGUAUGAUAUGGUAUCAUGAAUAUAUAUUGCACAGGUUGAAUUUAUUUAUACAAGAUUUUAUUUUUAAACAUAUUGUAUAUUUUAUGUGGUGAUAUUAUGUAUUAUAAUUGUUAUCAGUUCCUGGUAAAAUGUUCAUUAUAUCUAAUCCAACCACACUGAUAACAGUUAUCAUUCAUGAUGUGCAUGUUGCAUAUACAUUACAUUAUCUGCUCACCUGCCACUUGGGCAUGUGAACUUCUGACGUGAUGCAGCAUCCCUCGUCUGUCAGUCUGUUAGUGGGGCAUCAACAUUUCCCAAUUAUUCAACUUCUACUCAGUAACCAAGAGGUCAAAGGUCAUCUAAUUUGGCCAAUCUCUCAAAGAGUGCAUUGCAGCUCCCUCUAUGACCCCUCUGUGAAUGCCUCACAGACUAAUACACCUGACCUCUAGUUCAUGUACAAAUGUAUCUAUAUCGAAAGAAAAUGACAGCACCCAUGUAGAAUUGUAACCUCUGAUUCAAAUAGUUACUAUAAAAGGCAUGAAAUGUGUCAAAAAUUUUAAACAACCUAUAAUAUUCUCAAUAACCAAGGGGCCCAAGGUCAAGAUAUUGAACCAGUAGCAUGAUAGGAUGAAGGGCUAUCAAGUUUGUUUAAAUAUAUCUUUCAAGGUCACAUGGGUCAAAUGUGUUAAAAGUCUUUAAGCAACUUCUUCUCAAUAACCAAAUGACCAAUAGUCAUGAUGUUUGGCCUCUAUAGCCUGCUGGAAUGAAGGACUACCAAGAGAGUUCAAAUGAAUGACCAUGAGUGACCUUCAAGGUCACAGUGGUCAAAUGUGUUAAAAUCUUUAAGCAACUUCUU